AUGUACACCAAGGUCAUCGUUCUCCUGUGCGCCGCAGGCAUCGCCUCUGCCGGCAACCUCUUGCACGCCGCCGCUCCCGUGGCAUACGCUGCCGCCCCCGCUGUCACCACCUACGCCGCGGCUCCCGUUCUCAAAUCCUACGCCGCUCCCGCUGUCGCUACCUACGCCGCCGCUCCCGCCGUCGCUACCUAUGCCGCUGCUCCCGUAGUCAAGUCGUACGCCGCUCCCGCCGUAGCUACCUACGCCGCUGCUCCCGUAGUCAAGUCUUACGCCGCCCCCGCCGUGACCUACGCCGCUCCCGCUCCUGUCGCAUACGCUAGCCCCGUUGUGACUAAGACCAUCGCUGCUCCCGCUGUGGCAACUUACACCGCCGCCCCCGUCCUCAAGACCGCGGUCGCCUACUCCGCCGCCCCCGCAGUCUCUCACGUCUCUUACUCCGGUCUUGGUGUCAACUAUGGCUGGUGA